AUGCUGUUUGCUUCUACACCAAAACCUCCAUAUUAUGUUGUUACAUUUGCGAGCCAGAGGUCUGAUUCGAACCCUGAAGAGUAUAAUGCAAUAGGCGAAAAAUUAGAUUCUCUCGCCCGAGAACAACCUGGCUUUCUUGGUGUAGAGUCCACGAGGGAUUCUAGUGGCUUCGGAAUAACCCUAUCUUAUUGGAAGGACAGACAAUCGAUUAUCAAUUGGAAGCAGAAUGCAGACCACUUAGUAGCUCAACAACUAGGAAAAGAGAGAUUCUACGAGAAUUUUACUACUAGAAUUGCUAAAGUUGAGAGAGAAUACUCACUUAAAUAG